GGUGAAAAGGCAAUCAAUUUGUGGUGCUGGAUGCCUAAUGUCAAACCCAUUGGAGGGCGGGUUUCCCCACAAAUAGUACUGGUCUUCCGUCCUGAUCCUACUGCUAACAUCAUCUCUUACGCGUCGGUUUAAAUCUGUAUUAAUAUGUCACCCUGAUGGAGGUAGAAAGAGUAGAAAUUAGAAGCGAAGGAAAAAGAAAGGCAGGCUAAUGGAUACUAUAACUAUAGUCUCUUCUCUUGUAUUCUAUCUUGUCAUCUGGGCAUUCAUCCAUGUGAUCACUUCAAAUUUGAGGUCCCGGAAAUCAGCGGCCAGACUUCCUCCGGGGCCUUAUUCAUUUCCAAUCAUCGGUAAUCUCCAUCAGCUUGGCGAAAAGCCUCACCAAUCAUUUGCAAAACUGUCCAAAACUUAUGGACCUCUGAUGUUUCUUAAGCUAGGGAGCAAAGCAACCAUACUUGUAUCAUCUGCAGAUGUUGCAAGAGAAGUGCUACAAAGAUAUGACCAGUUGUUUUCAAGCCGAGCAGCCCCCACUGCUGCUCAAGCACUUGAUCACCAUAAGAUCUCUAUGGUCUGGCUGCCAGUUUUGAGCCAGUGGCGGAACAUGCGCAAGAUGUGUAAAGAGAAUAUUUUUGCAACACCAAGACUCGACGCUAGCCAAGGCCUUCGUCAAGAAAAGCUGCAAGAAUUAUGCGAAUAUUUGCAUAAAUCUAGUGUUAGCAGGAAAGCUGUGAAUGUUGGUGAUGCAGCCUUCACAACAUCUCUUAACUUGAUGUCGAGAACUCUAUUUUCUAAAGAUUUUGCCAACUAUGAUUCUAAUUCGUCUCAAGAACUCAGGGAGGUGGCAUGGGGGGUGAUGAAAAAUGUUGGCGCUUCUAAUCUUUCAGAUUACUUUCCAGUCCUACAAAGGAUUGAUCCCCAAGGCAUCAUGCGGGACACCAAGUUCUAUUUCCAGCGGCUGUUUGAUAUUUUUGAUGACAUCAUUGAUGAACGGCUGCAACUAAGAGGUACAUCGGAGGCUAAGCAAAAAGAUUUGUUGGAAGCACUCUUGGAUCACAGCAUAAAGAAUGAGUCCGAGUUCAAUCGCAAUGAUCUUAAGCAUUUGCUUCUGGAUUUAUUUGUGGCAGGAAUAGACACUACUUCAGCUACUGUGGAGUGGGCAAUGACAGAGUUAUUACGCAGUCCUGAUAGGAUUGCAAAAGCUAGAGCAGAGCUCAAGGAAGUCAUUGGAGAGAAGGAAGGAGUCCAAGAAUCAGAUAUCUCUCGACUCCCUUACCUGCAAGCAGUGAUCAAAGAAACCUUUCGACUUCACCCUCCAGCGCCAUUACUUGUUCCUCACAAAGCUGAUGAAGAUGUAGAAAUCAAUGGUUUCAUAGUGCCAAAAAACAUACAAGUACUUGUCAACGUGUGGGCUUCGGGUAGGGAUCCGACAAUGUGGUCAGAUCCUGAGAAUUUUGAACCAGAGCGAUUUUUAGGCAGUGACAUUGAUGUGAGAGGCCAGCAUUUCGAGCUCAUUCCCUUUGGCGCUGGGAGGAGAAUAUGUCCAGGAUUGCCUCUAGCUUAUCGGAUGGUACACUUGAUGCUGGCUUCUUUCAUUCACAACAUUGACUGGAAACUGGAAGAUGGAAUGAAACCAGAAGAUUUAGACAUGGAAGAAAAAUUUGGGUUGACAAUUCAGAAGGCCUUGCCUCUAAAGGCUAUUCCUGUUAAGCUGUGACUUCGGUCUGAUGAUUUUUAGGUCCAAUCAUUCCCUGUGAGCAGAGAAAGCAUCAUUCCUUGUUAUUUUUUAUCGCAAUUGACAUAUGUUGACUUCAUCUGGCAUAUCAAAUUUGCAAGAACGUUAGCACAAAAAA